AAAAAUAUAACAAAGGGAGAGAGAAGCCUAAAACUAAAACACAUUCUCCUCCCAUUAGUUGCUUACAUACCACGUUUCUAUACCUUCUCCCACACCUGCAUUUAUGGCCUUCUCUUCCUCACUACUCUCCUUUUUCUUCAUCCUUUAAAGGUUAGUUCCAUGCUUUCCCCCCUUCCUCUGUUCAUCCACUUUCCCUAUAAUAUUCCAUGAACUUUUCUUGUCCCUGAUGAAUUAUUGACUAUAAAGUAUCCGGGGUCAAUAAUCCGCUUCUGUUUCAGGCAUCUUUGAAAUAGGAACUGUUAGGCAGAACACCAUUUCCACUGUCACUUUCUUGAACUAUAAAGAUUGGGUUUUUUUUUGUGAUGGAGAAUUUGUGUGGGAGAUUUGGAGUUGAGGAUCCUACGCAGGAGAUGGAUUUGCCCCCGGGGUUUCGAUUCCAUCCGACGGAUGAAGAGCUCAUCACCCAUUACUUGUCAUACAAGGUUUUGGACUCCUCCUUCUCUGCCAUUGCUAUUGCAGAAGUUGAUAUGAACAAGGUUGAGCCUUGGGACUUGCCAUGGGAAGCAAGAAUAGGGGAAAAAGAGUGGUACUUUUUUUGUGUGAGGGACAAGAAGUAUCCCACGGGGAUGAGAACAAACAGAGCCACGGCAGCAGGGUAUUGGAAAGCCACGGGGAAAGACAAGGAGAUUUUCAGAGGAAAAUGUCUGGUCGGAAUGAAGAAAACUCUCGUUUUCUACAUGGGAAGAGCUCCCAUGGGUGUCAAGACCAAUUGGGUCAGCCAUGAGUACCGAUUGGAAGGGGAAUUCUCUCUUCACAACCUCAACAAGGUUGCUGCUACUAAGGAACAGAAUGAUUGGGUUAUCUGCAGAGUGUUUCAGAAGAGCUCUGGUGGCAAAAAGGUUCAUAUUUCUGGGAUGAUACGAUGCAAUCCGCCACCACUAACGGAUUCAUCGCCGUCCAAUAGCAAGCCCGGAACCGCCGCCGCCGCAUCCGAAUCAGGCGGCUACGUGCACUGCUUCUCCAACAACAGUACGAUCAAACAAGAAGACGAGAACAUGAUGAUGGGUUUCAACGCUUCUUCAUUCCUGGGCUCCUCCAUCCCAAACUCUUUCCCGUCUAGUUUUUCGGCAUGGGACUCGCUCCCCAUGCAAGACCCUGCAGUUCUGCGGAGCUGGCUUGCAAACUAUGGGCAGCAGCAAGGUUUCAAGACAGAGAAGGAGAUGGUGUUGAGUACUGUGCUGUCACAAGAAAUGAUACGUGUGGGAAGUGAUGACAAUAACAACACUGAAAUCCCAAAUGUGGUGUCAAAUCUCGGGAAGGGAGAGAGGUGUUUAGAACAUCAAGAGGUGCCUCCAUCAACAACGCCUCUGCCACAAGUCUUUGACAGCAUCUGGAGUUACUGAUAAUUAAACACUUGUCUUUGAAAGAGAAAUGUUGGAAAUAUUUCCCAACACAUGGGGAUCGGGGAGUAACUAAUCAUUGAAGUUAGACUACUGUAAUUACUAUUAAUAUAUUCCGAGUAUAUAAAUCAUAAAUUAGUGAUUUUCAAAUUUUAUGUUCCCUGAAUAAUUUAAAGUGUUUUGACUUCUGACAGUAUCAUCAUCUAUUCGAAGCUCAAAAUAAUGAUCUGUAUCA